AUGAAUGAAUCAGGAGAUAAAGAUGGCCAAAUAAUUAACUCUAACAGUCCACUAACGAUAACCGAAAGUGAUAUAAAAAGCAAAAGAAUAAGCCGGUGCCGAAAAAGAAAACGACUGGAAAAUUCAAGUAGCUCGGAGAGUGAGAGUAUGCUUCCAGAAAAUGCUUUAGAAAUGGAAAAAAACCUACAUGCCUCAGCUAUAAAAAACAAUCUGGAUGAUGCAAGUGUAAAGAAAAUACUUAAGAAAGUAGUGACAAAUGAUCAUGUAUUAGCAUUGGUAAAGUUAAGGGAGGAAGAAGAAGAAUCUAGUACAGAAGAAAAUAUUAGACCUAAACUGACCAGAGCUAAAGUUAAAGAGCUGAUGAAAGUAUCACCUAAGAAUGCACCAUGGAGCUUAGAACUUACGCCAAUAAAGCACAUACCAAUUAAGACGCGGCCAGAAGUCAAAGCCCUGAUCGCCCAGGAGUUGCCUGACGACGAAGAUGACGAUGAAUAUGAACCAACCCAUGAGGAUCUUCCAAGCGACGACGACCACACCCUGGAGUCGUGCAGCGACGUGGACUCCAUGCCCCCUACGCCGGCGACGCCGCGCCGUCAGACCGCCACCAGUCCCGGGGUCAUCAAGGACGGCCCCUUCAAGGUUCCGCAGGAGGUGGCGACGCCGACGCGGCGGCGGCCGACGUCGCAGGAGCGGGCGACGAUCGCGCUGCGCACGCGCUCCAAGCUGAGCCUGAGCGCGACGCCGAUCGAGCACAUCGAGGGCUCGUUCGUGCCGCCGGACGACGUGCCGGCCCCGGACGCGGAGGACCCCGUGUGGAACGAGUUCCUCGAGGGCUGCCUCAACCCGGCGCACAGCGCGCGCAACGAGGACGACGACGACGCCGACCCCGAGUACAACGUGGCCGCGGACCCCGACGCCAAUGACGAGGACGAAGCUCUGGAGAACAACAUAAUAAGAAUAUCAAAGAAGGAGCUCAACGAUUUAGUGACAGAGCUGUUCAGCAUCAUGCCUGAAGCGACGGUGGAAGACGAGCUCGCGGCGGAUCUCGCAAAUAAAGUACUCAGUGAAAAUAAUACAGAGAACAACGCCGUUUUGGAAAAUACACAGGAGCCAAUGUCUGAUGAAGAAGACACCUCAAACGUUCAGAGGACGAGAAGUAAAAAUGUACAGCAGAAACCCACAAACGCUGAAAAAGAACCUCGCAAGAAACCCAAGCAACAAAAGAAACCCACAACGAAAAAAGUUAACUCAAGGUUAAUGAGGGGCGUGCGGGCGCGGGGGGAGGAGCGAGACGGGAGCGAGUCGCCGCCGCCGCCGCCAGUGCUGCGCGCGAUGAGCGACAGCUCCCGCACGGAGCUGUCGCCGGAGCCCCCCCUAGUGGUGCACCUCACCGACGUGCCCGAGCUUCUACCCGAACAAAUCCUGAUAUUACAACAGCAGUUACGGCAACACAUACAGUUGUCUGCGUCAAACUUUCUUCAGCUGUUCGCCCAUCCUGAUUACUGGAACUUCGCGCACAAGUACAAAGAAUAUUUGACGGUCCUGAACGACUUGGCGAAGGCGAAGCCCAACUCCGUGGCAAACGUGUGCAACCUGAAGCCGGCCUUGGACCUGAUCGCGUCCUGGGAGAGCUCCACGUCGGAGCCUACGCCGGAGAACAACGAGAUGGUCGAAUUCGUCAAAAAACAAAUGGAAAGAAGUCGGAACCGCACCGCGCAGAAGAACCUGUACGUGGGCGAUUUCCACAACACGCUGAUGGACGUGGUGGCGAACAGCACGGUGUUCCUAUACCCUUACCUGCUGCCCGCGAUGCCGUUCCGCGACGAGCCGGGACGCCGCUUCAGGUUCCUGCGCGUCGAGGACCAGCUGAUAGCCCACGGCCUCGACGAGUUCUGGCGGUACGUGGACAUGAACCCGAAGCUGUACAAGAGCCACUACAAGGGGCCGGCGCGGUGCGGGCUGCGGGUCGCCACGCGGCUGCUCUGCCGCCACAUGAUGCCGUGGUUCGCGCCGCACUCGCUGCUCGCGCACGUGUUCUACGUGCGCCGGAACGACAAGGAGAACCCCAUAUACAAAUUCUUCGAGUCGCGCAAAGUGGAUCCGGUGAAGCACGUACUGUUGCCCUACAACGAGAAACUCACGUUGUACGAACAGCCCGAGUACGAAAUGCCACGUAUUUGGGUCAGGCACCUGGCAAAGUCCAGCCAACGUUUCAAGGAUUACAUGUACCGACGCACCAACGUGACCGGAGUGAGACCCCAAGGGGUGGAAAUCUCUGUAGGCGAAACCGCGAAGUCGCUGGAGAAGAAACCGCUGCCGAUUAAAUUCUUCAAGGCCGCCAAAAAGAGUAAGCAGAACCCGUGCCCCCAAAGCCCGCCGGCCGUGAGCGACAAGGUCGACGUGCAAGUGAAAAACGCGGCCGACCUGCAGCCGACGAUACUGUACGGCGACGAUCGGAAUACGAGAACCGUUAACUCCGCUUCCGAACCGAUAUGCAGCACGACGGAGCGCUCCGAACCCGCCGCGAACGAAGAGAACCGCGCCGGUUCCACCGCCGCGAUAAUCAACAGUGGACCCGAGAAGAGCGAGUCGAGCGGCGCCCUGAGCCAAAGCGCAAACUGCGCUGGUCCACACUGCGGCUGCUGCGUCAUGCUGCGGAGAAUCUGCAAAGAGCGACAGAAGCUGAUCACGGAGUACUUCGGGCCGAGGCCGUACAGGACGGCCGCCGUCUGCCCCUGCGGCGGCGUCGACAGGCCCAGGCUCGGCACCGGGCUGCGGCUGCUGCUGAGGCACUACAAGAGCCGCGCCAUGUACGUGCACAACGACACGCGGCUGAGGCACGCGCAGUGCGACGAGAACGCGGCCGACUUCGACUACGCGAACAUACCGAAGGACUGCGUCACGGAGCUGGACGACGCGGGCGACACCAACGACUCAGCCUUCGUGACGUAUUUCACGCAGAAACUCCUAAUCCGGUUGGCGAUAGUCAGAAACCACGAAACCAAGAAAAGGGUGUACUCGCUGUUCUCUAAAUUCGACCAUUUGGAAGGCGACGUGGUACAGUUGGCGACCUCGUUGGAGAAGUUGUUCGACGUCGAGCUGGUGGACAUGUUCAAGGAGUUCCUCAGAUUCCUCACGCCGGAGCAGGCGGAUAAGAUCAAUAAGUUCAAAGACUACUUCACGCAGGCGUGCGUCUCCGAUUUGGUUAAGAGGAUAUCGGUAGAAGUGACGGAUAAAAGUAAAAAACAGGCAUUGCUAGCGCGCCUUAUUACAUCGUUUACCGAUAAUAAGUCUACGCCGUGUCAGAUAUGCAGCGAUCUACUGAGUUACAUGGGUGAUAACAAAGAACUCGCAAAGUAUACGUUUAAUUUGUUCCCGCAUAGCAGAGUAGCAGGAGGAACGUGCCAUCCAAUUGUUACACAAAGUGUUAACACACCACAAAAUCCUCCCCCCGAUGAAUCCGAUCAUGAAGAAGCCACUCUGAGGAUUUGCGAGGAAGCGGAAGUUGGAUUAAGUUCCAAUGAUGAUCGAAAUGCCCGCGAAGAGCAGCCGACUGAUGAAUUCCCUAAAUCACCAAAAGUAGAAGUACCUGAAGAAGAAAUUGAUGAAAUGACAGAGGGCCAUCUGCAGGAAUCGGAGAGCAAUAAAAAAUUUUCAAACGAAGAUAAUAUUAAAGUUGAGUCUGACGAUGAAUCAGUGAAAUCGGAAACUUCAGAGUGGCUAAGAUCUGAAGACAAGUUAAUUCUAGAAAUACUUAAAAAUAGGCUCACACGGGAGGAACGCCAGAAUAAAACUAUUUUGGAUAUAUUUGAGGAGAAAGAAGUAAUGCAAAUGAUUACCGACAGUCUUUCGCAUAAAUCAAAUAAAGACGUAACGGAUCGUGUCAUGUAUUUGCUAGAAUUAUUAGUUUUAAGCGAGAAU